ACCCAUUUUCUGUUUCUUUGUUUUUUUGGUGACUAUUUUCUGUUUCUUUGUUGAACUGUAAGACUCCGUCGUUUUAUCUGGACUUCCCCUUCCCCCAUCUCGCUCCUUAGGGUUUCGUCUUCUUCCAUCUUCGCAACUCCUCAUACGCAUCACGUAUGCAUCACGCUCCAUGCUUCAAUUACAAUCUCCAAAUGGAAGCACCGGCGGCUGCGGCGGCGGCGGUGAACAUCUUCCCAUCAUUGUCCGGUUCAUAUAAGCCGUCCAUAUUUAUCAGAAGAUCCAACGUACUGCCAUUCCGUUCCAAUUUUGGCUUUUUCAAUAAUAAGCUAUGCACUUCUGUACCUAUUUCCAGACUAGGUCAUCUGAGACUUGCUGAGGGAAGUAGAAAGGGGUUUGUAGUUAGAGCUUCAUCAUCGUCUGAACAGUCAUCUGGGUCUAGUUCCAAGUUUGCUCCACUUCAGCUGGAAUCUCCAAUUGGGCAAUUUCUCUCUGAGAUUUUGGUAAGUCAUCCACAUCUUGUGCCUGCUGCAGUUGAGCAGCAGCUUGAGCAAUUCCAAACAGACUGUGAUGGUGAUAAACGAAAGGAUGAGCCUUCUGCUUCAGGCACUGAUAUAGUUUUGUACAGGAGAAUUGCUGAGGUCAAGGCUAAUGAGAGGCGGAAAGCUCUAGAAGAGAUAUUGUAUGCUUUGGUUGUUCAGAAGUUUAUGGAUGCCAAUGUUUCUCUGGUACCCUCCAUUACCCCUAAUCCUUCUGGGCGAGUCGAUUCAUGGCCAGAAGAAGAUGAGAAAAUUGAGAAGCUUCAUUCCUCUGAAGUCCAUGAAAUGAUCCAAAACCAUUUGUCUGUCAUCCUGGGUAACCGUACCGGGGAUUUGUCUUCUUUAGCUCAGAUCAGCAAACUCAGGCUAGGACAAGUCUAUGCAGCAUCAGUCAUGUAUGGAUACUUUCUUAAGCGGGUUGACCAACGGUUCCAGCUAGAGAAGACAAUGAAAAUUCUGCCUAACACAGCAGAAGAGAAUCACAGUUACCCGACUUCCUUGGAAGAUACGAGACACAAGGGUGGAGAGAACCUUUCUUCAGUUAUGUCUCAUCCUGAGGUCUCUUCCUUGCCUAGCAGUGGCAUCAGUUCAGGGGGAUCCAGCUAUGCGACAAAGGCGUCCAGAUUGCGUAACUAUGUGAUGUCUUUCGAUGGAGAGACACUACAGAGAUAUGCAACAAUAAGAUCCAAAGAGGCUGUCAGCAUGGUUGAGAAGCACACACAGGCACUGUUUGGAAGACCUGAAAUGGUUAUAACACCUCAGGGGGCAAUUGAUUCUUCGAAGGAUGUAAACAUCAAAAUUAGCUUUGGUGGUCUUAAGAGACUUGUUUUGGAAGCUGUUACUUUUGGUUCUUUUCUGUGGGAUGUUGAGAGCUAUGUGGACUCUAGGUACCAUUUUGUUUUGAGCUAAGUUUUUCCCCACUUGUGAUUUGCGACCACUACUUUAAUCGAUGCAAUCAAAUGUAAUGCAUAUAUUUAUAUAUUUCAAUUUCAAUCAGUAUCACUGAUUGAUGAAUUGAUCUGUAAAUAUGGAUGGUUUGGUGGUUUCCUCUCUUUCUUUUCUGGUAAGUUUGGCUUAAGCCAUGCUUACAUUAAAGGACACUGAUUAUUUCUACAGGUUUUAUAAUUGUCAUGUUGUAUAUGUGGAUAUUGAUUAAUGAAAUAAUAUGUGUAAUUUAAAUAUUCUAUAAUA